CUUGCAGAACAGAUCAAAGCCGCAGCAUCUUCUGUCUUCUUCCUCGAUACGUAUAAGCAUAUGGUCAUGAAGCUGGGCGAACAACUCAAGGAGAAUCGCGCGGCGCGUGAAGAAAUAGAUGAGGUUAUCGAGCUCAGUCAACCUCGCAUCUUUUCAGAAUGGCUUCGUGCAGACGAUGAUAAACGUGCGGCCAUCGAGAGCGAGCUCAAGCUGGUCAAGACAUGGUGUCGCCUCGAUGUGCGCAGCGAUUGGUAUAGCUUCAGAACGCAGCUCUUCCUGCAAGUCUGUGAUAGCCUGCAGAUCAAUCUGGCUCAGCUUCGCCAAGUCAGUCAGAUCCAUACAUGAGAGAAGCGAGCUCAGAGUACUUACCCAGGACCAAGCACAAGUAGCGAGCUGGGGCGCAAACGUGACGGAGCUGCUGCCGGAUCUUCGUAGCGAGUAUGGCAGACUGAAAGAAGAGCUUGUGCGGGAACAGGCUCGGCAGCGCGAGCUUGACGCAUCAGACAAAGACGAACUCCAUUCGUUGCAUCUCGCCAUCGCAGAGCAGGGAGCGGCUUUGGAGGAGAUUCAGAAAGACCAUGCCGAAGUGCAGGGACAGCUGGAGAGACUGGAGUCGAAGAGCGCCGAUAUCGAUGCAGAGAUGUCGCAUAUGGAAAGCACGAUAGCCAAAAGCACAAGCUACUGUGAUCGCGUUCGCCGGUUCACGCAAACAGAAGUACGACGUCUCAAAGAUGAUUAUGAGGCGCUCGAACGGAUCACUGGCUGUAAGAUUGUCGGCCUACGAUCAGGCCAGAUCAAACUGUGCUUGUGCGAUGAGCUGCAAGUGACCCUAGAUAUAUCGUCAAAGGGCGUCAUCAAGCGCAAGCAUGUCUACUGGCUGCGGGCGCCGUUACAGGAAGAGCAGUACAAGCGAGCGCAAACCAGCGAUGCACUGCAAGAUCGACCUGACCAACUCCUCGCGGCGACCCGUUUCCUCUUCGAUCGUCUUCGUCUAGCCAUCGAGGCUGAUACCGAGACAAGGCCCUACGUGUGUCGUUCGCCAAUUCCAAUAGGCAAAGCUGACGUGCCAGCAGGCACUGAUACGUCAGAUAGUACUGAUGUGGACAGCAGCUAGGCGAUUGAUCGAGGAGCUUCGUCUGCUUCAGUCUCGCUUCCCCAUCAAGGUCAUGGCGCUCAAGAAGCCCUCCAGAGGCAACGCGCCUUACCUUCGCACGACGACCACUGUCUUCUCGCAGCAGAAUCCUGCUGGACCUGCCAGUCUACGGGUGGCAUUCGAGAUGACGGGUGAAGAAAUUACUACGGGAGAUGCAGAUCAUGCCGUCGAAUCCAUCAGUACGACUGUGGACGCCGUUUUCGGCUCUGUAGACAGUGUGAAAGAACUGCAGUAUCGGGUGCUCGAGCGAGUCACUUCUGGCGGUUCCCGCGCGCUGCUGGAAGCUUGUAUGGAACUCGAGUGAAUGCAAUCAGCACUGUUGUAGCAACAAGAUAUACACUAGAUCUUUCGGGGA